AUGAGUACUUCCAAGGUCGUCCUCAUCACAGGGUGCUCAGACGGGGGCAUCGGAGGCACUCUGGCCGCCCAGCUCGCAGAACAAGGCCACUUUGUAUUCGCGACGGCGCGCAACCCAGCCAAGGUGCCGCCGCGGCUUCAGGAUCUUGACAAUGUCCAUAUUCUGCAGCUAGACGUGACAGACGAGGAGUCCAUCACUGCAGCCACCACGGCCGUAACAAAGCACGGCAAGGGGCUCGAUGUGCUGGUCAACAAUGCCGGGCUGGGCUACGCAUCGCCACUCCUCGAUGUAGACAUUGCGCGGGCCAAGAGCGUGCACGACGCCAUGGUCUGGGGGCCGCUUCGCAUGGUGCACGCGUUUUCAGAUCUCUUGAUUGCCAGCAAGGGCCGCAUUGUCAACAUUGGCGAUGCGUGCGGACAGGUCUACACGCCGUGGAUAGGAACAUAUUCAUCUGCCAAGGCCGCACUACACAUCCUCUCAGAGACGCUGCGGCUCGAAAUGUCCCCGUUUGGCGUCCACGUCGGAUGCAUCAUGACAGGCACAGUAGCCACCAAGCUGCACGCCAACGCGCCGGCGCUGUCCCUGCCCGAGAGGUCACUGUACAGCGGCAUCGCGGGGACCAUUGGGCGGUGGGCAAGGGGCGAGGCAGGGCCGCCAGGCGGCAGCUUGGACGAGUACGUCGCGUCGAUUAUCCCCGAUGUCGUGGGAAGGCUGACGCGGAAGCGCGGCGUGGUCUGGCGAGGCGCGAAUGUCGGGGCUGUGUGGUUUGCAGCGACAUGGCUGCCUACGUAUAUCGUGGACAUGCUGCUGCUGCAAAACCAGGGCAUUGACGAGCUGACACAGCUGGUGCUGGACAAGAAGGCCAUGUAG